CAUUUUCCAGAAUCCAGACAGCAGAAAACAAGGGUUUUGGUUUCAGGAGAUCAACGAGAGAUAUUACUAUAAGAGAUAGAGUGAGAAAAUGCCUUGCCUUAACAUCUCGACUAAUGUUACUCUCGAGGGUGUUGAUAUCUCCGAUAUCCUCAAGGAAUCUACUAAAUCCGUCGCCAAUAUCAUCGGCAAACCCGAAUCUUAUGUGAUGAUUGUGUUGAAAGGUUCAAUACCAAUUGCAUUUGGUGGGACUGAAGAGCCAGCAGCUUAUGGGGAAUUGGUGUCAAUUGGAGGACUUACACCUGAUACCAACAAGAAGUUAAGCGCAGCAAUUUCGACCAUACUGGAAACCAAGUUGAAUGUACCCAAGUCUCGUUUCUUCCUGAAAUUUUACGACACAAAGGCCAAUCAAAUUCAAGAAUAUGCACAGUGUCUUCAUGCUUUACACCAGUUCUAGAUGAUCCUGGCUCUAACUUUGGAUGGAACGGCUCCACCUUCUAGAAUCGAUCUCAGUUUCUUCGGACCUUCUAGAAUCGGUGGUGUUACUUUAACUCUAUGGUGGUAUUAUUGUGUCGGUCUUUGUUAGUACAUUCCUCUUAAAAUCUCGACUUCUAUAUCAUGAAAUGAUGGAUGAUAUGAUGAGACAUUCGAAUAAACUUUGUUUUGGAUGUCAAACAAAAAUAUUUUAUGGGAUAAUCCAUUAUGUAUGGAGAAGUCUGGAUGGUUAUUGGUUUAAUAUUACUCUUUUUUAAGAAUAUCA